UGAAAUUGGUGCGUCAGCAAGACAACAACGAGAACAGCGGACGAAGAAGACAGACAAGCCGAGCAAGCAAGAAGAAGAAGAAGAAGAAGAAGAAGAGCAAGCAAGAAGAAGGAAGAAGAAGAAGACGCAAAAAAGAAACGGAACAAAGCACACCACACACAACACAAAACAAGACGACACACAACACAAUUCGUUGACAUUGACAGACAGACAGAGCAAGCUCGCCAGUAAGCCAGCCAGCAAGACGUGUUUCGUGUGCAGACUCCUGCUCCCACUUCGUGUGUGUGCGCGUGCGUGCGUGAGAAGAACGAGAGCGUAUUCAAGAUGGUGCUUGGAAGAGCGAGGCUGCAGGCGCUGGCGGAGGAAGUGGCCAACGACCUUGUGGCGAAAGGGGCGCGGGUGCCCUCUGGCUUUGUCAAGGGAAGGAACGCCGUGCUGUUCCUGUAUCCUGAUGGGCCCCACGGGCAGCAGAACAUCUUCACGAUGCCACUGAAAGAGCAGCAGAGGGGGCCUGUGGAGCCCGUCAUCGCCAUGAGCGAGGUGGACCGCGUCGUGCAGCAGGAGACCGCUGGCAGGAGGAGCAGCGAGGCGCUUGAGCUGUUGCAGGAGCGCCAGCGCAGCCGCGCCACCGGCAUCCUGCAGUUCAUCUACGACGCUGUGCAGGACAUUGCCUGCUUUGCCGUGCAGGGAAGCCUCUUUGCCAUCCACAACGCCACCCACCCCGAAGCACCCAAGCGUACCCUGGAGCCCCUGCGCGUAUCGAGCGGAGGCAACUUUGAGGACGCCAUCGACUUCAAGUUCUGCCCCCACACCAGCGACCUCAUCUCCUUUGUCAAGGACGGCGAACUGUAUCUGUACAGCCGCUCCGCCCAAACCAUGGUUCCUCUCACCAACGUCGGCAAAGAGUACGGGAGCUCGCGUGUGUAUGCUGGGACGCCGUCGUACAUCAUCCAGGAAGAGUUUGACCGCUACACGGGCUACUGGUGGCAGGCCACCGACACCAGCGCCUCGCACUACCGCAUCCUCUACGAACUUGUCGACGAGCGCGACGUGCCGCGCGUCUCUGUGUCUGGGAUGACCUUUGAGGACACGCCAUCAGACUUCACCUUCCCAAAGCCGGGCCAGUGCAACGGCGCUGUCACGAUAAACGUGGCAGAGAUCCCAAAGGCCCUGUUCCGAAACGGCGAGCGCAAGGACGCCAAGCUGGAGGUCACCACCACCACGCUCGGCACUCAGUUGAAGGACCGCCUACCCUGGGCCGAGUACGUUGUGCGGUGCGAGUGGGUGCCUGGCCGCGACGAGGUGUGGGUGCAGGCGUUGCAGCGCGUGCAGCAGCGGCUAGACGUGGUUGUAAUCCCACUGUCGUCGUUUGUGCCCAAGGAGGCAGCACACGAUGCCAGUGCCAGCAACGGUGACAGCCGCAGCAGCAAUGGUGACAGCAGCGAUGUGCCGUGGCCAACGCUCGUGUCGGAGAAGUCGGACGUGUGGAUCAACGUGCACGACGUGUGCUGGUUUGUGUCCUGCGCCGACGGCUACCGGCUGCUGUGGGGCAGCGAGCAGACCAUGUUCCGCCACCUGUACGCCAUCUCCCUCACGCCAGAUGACAAGGAGCCGCAGCGUGUUGCUUUGACGUCUGGCGAGUGGAUGGUGAAUGGCCUGAGCAUGAUCAAGGAGACGGAUGGCAGCGUCUUCUUCACCGCAACCAAGGAGACGCCGCUGCAGACGCACGCGUAUGCGAUGACCAUUGGCGGCUGGAGCGAGUGGAUUGCCACGGGCGCCGCGCCAACGCCCUCCGACCCCGUGCUCAUGACAAAGCUCGGGUAUUCGCACCACGUGGACUUCCUUGACGACGGCAUGUAUGUGGACAUUUUCUCCAGCAGCAGUGAGCCGCCUCAGUGCCGCUUCCACCGCCCAGACACAGACUGCUUCUACUUCUGCGAGCAGCAAGCACCGAGCAUGUAUGUGCCACCCCGCAUCCAGACCAUCAAGUCCAAGCACGGCCACGACGUGCACACGUUCUUCUUUGCCGCCCGUUCCGUGGACACGCCGCCGCCGCCUUCCUCCGACCCGCUGCCAACGCUGUUGUUUGUGUACGGCGGGCCCCACGUGCAGCUGGUCAGGGACGAGUACAACACGGGCCGCUUUGCGCUCGCCCAGUUCCUGACGCUGUGCGGAUUCAACGUUGUUGUUGCUGACGGCCGGGGCUCCUCCAACCGCGGCCUCGCCUUUGAGGCGCCCUUGCACAACGCUAUGGGCACGUUUGAGGCGGACGAUCAGGUUGAAGCGCUGCAGCUCCUGUCGCAGGACGCGUCCCUGCGCAUCGACAUGGACCGCAUUGGCGUCUACGGCUGGUCAUAUGGCGGAUACAUGUCGCUCAUGUGUUUGGCGCAGCACCCGGAAGUGUUCAAAGUGGCGAUGGCUGGUGCCCCCGUGACGGACUGGCGCGGGUAUGACACCGGAUACACGGAGCGCUACAUGUCCCUCCCAAGCACGCACGCGAAGGCCUACGAUGCUGGAAGCGUUCUGAAGCGUGCAGCCGACUUCCCAGACGAGCCUGGUCGCCUGCUUCUCCUGCAUGGCCUUCAGGAUGAGAAUGUCCACUUUACACACACGGCCUCGCUCAUCAACGAACUCACGCGCUUCGGCAAACCAUACGCCCUCCAGGUGUUUCCACGGGAGCGCCACGGCGUGCGCUCGAAGCAUGCCAAGAGCCGCACGUGGGUUGAGCAGGCCGCCUUUGCCCAGCAGGCCCUCAUGCAGUGACAACCGCUUCCCCCGCCCCCGGCGACAGCAAACGGCGCUGCUGAUUCUUCGUCGUCGUCGUUGUUGUCGUUGUUGUUGUUGUUGUUGUUGUUGUUGUUGUU